GCCCCUCAGCGCCACGGCUCCAGCGAGCCAGCGGCGCUGCGGGCGCCCUGCUCCUCCCGCCGCUCUGCCCCGGGGAAGGAGCCCGCCCCGGGGGCCGUCCUGAGCCGGGCACAGGCAGCGCGGUUACCGCGGGUGCUGCCCGGCGGCGGCGGGGGAAGCCUGUGCCGCCCCUCGGUCCCCGCGCCAGGCCGGCGCCCCUGCCCUCCGGUUCCCGAUCUCCCGCCGGAAGAGGCUGCAGGACGUUUUCCACGUGUUGUUCAUUUGUGGAGUUCUUAACGAUGUACUUGCGGCUUCUCUCUCUCAACUCCUUCUGAGCGAGCGUGACCCGCUCCGCUGAGCAGCACAUCGCCCGUGAGCUGCCCGAUGAAGAUAGUUUGGAAGUACAGUUACUCUAGAAAUGUGUGGAAAAGCCACUAUUUGCUUUUCUGUAUAAUGGUUACCUAGAGGCUUAGUUAGAAUGGAGAUUAAGCUAGAUGUGCUCGUCUCUACGUGUAUCAAGCAAAGAAAACCAUGGCCCCGAAUAUCAUGGGUUGGACAGGAAAAAGAGGCUGUUUUUCUUCUAGACGGUAAACAUAUAAAUGAAAUUAACUUGUCGUCAGGGAAGACAAAGAAGAAAAUCCCUUCGCUGCAGUCAUUGUUGAAAAAUGUGGUUGUCUUAGCAACAUCAGGAAAUGCUGCUUGGUUGGCAGGAAUACUUACAACAGGAGAGCUCUUUCUUUGGAAUAAAGAUAAAGACUGCUUGAAAAUUGUACCAGCAAUCGAAGAGUCCAAAAAAGUAGUAGCAGGAGCACAAGAGUGUUUAAUGAGAUUGUACUUGUAUGUAUCUGGAGAUGGCAGAAAGGUACUGUUAACUACUCCUACAGCAUGUACCUUUUUGUGGGAGAGUAUAGAACAUGAAAAUACAGCCUUUGGUAAAAACUCUCCUGGGCGUUGGACACAAGUUUUAACUGAUGAAUCAGUCCUAUUGCCUUCUACUGAAGAAAAAGAAAUUGGAGUGGAUGCUGCGUUCAUACAAAAUGAGGUACUAGGUGAUUGCUGUUUGUGUUCUUUUGUAUUUUACUCUGGUGAGUGUUUGGUGCUCACAUUUUUGAUUCUUCGAUGGCACGAAAAUACCUUUAAAAAUGUUAGUUCUUUGCCAUACCAGAUCCAGUGGGUACAACAGACUUGUUCUCUUGUUAAUUUGGUUCCUCAGUGUGUGUCUGUAAAGUCAAGAGGAGCUCUGCUAUGUGCAUUUGCAAGAGAUGGGCUUCUGCUUGCAGUAGCUGUAAAUCAAACUGAUCCAAAGGCAACUCAGGUUUUGUUUCUGAACACCUUGAAUUUUGUAACUGUUUUGGGUAGCCUGAAGGGUUGUAGUAGCAAGAGUAGCGUGACCCCGUCCAGGUUCAUCAGAUCUUACUGGGUUGGCGAUAUGAGUUGGACUCCUGAUAGCCUUUUUUUGGCUUGCAUGUUAAAACGUGGAUGUUUGGUUUUAUUGACAUGUAUGGGGGAAUUGCUGACCUUAAUUGCUUCUGGAUGCUCUGUGGAAUUUGGACCAGCACAGUUUAUUCCGUUUCAUCCACUAAUAACAUACAGACAGCACCACUCUUGUUGUCAAGAUUCUAGCCAGUCUCUUGGUUCUUCAGAUUCUGAACGUGACGUCCUGAGACAGAGAUUCUCUGUUGCUUCACACCCAAGACUACCCUACCUCAUUGUCUCUGAUGGAUACAUGAUAAAACUGCUAAGAUUUCCUAACAACUUUACACCAUCAGGAUUUAUGAGAUCCCUUUUGCUUGAUUCAACCCAACAGCUUGAAAACAUCCGUCAGAAUUUGCUGAACUUCAGGUGUAAAAGGAGAUCUCGGUACUUACGAUCACUGUUGUCUUUAAAAGCCAGUCUUUUAAAUCAAGUUCAAAAUCAAAGUUCUAUCUUUUCCACCAUUCCAAGAUUUCUGGAGAAGGACACAACAGAAAUGAAUGAGAAAACCAUGGAUUUACUGGACCUUGAAGAAGAAUUAGACAAUGAAAAGCAGUUUUACAGUACCGCUUCCAGCUUCUAUAACCAAAGAAUCUAUUCAUCUGUUGGUAAAGCUGAUGAAGGCUGCUUAGAAUUUGCAUCAAUGUUUGAUACCAUCCAUGCAGAAGAUUAUAUUGAAGAGAAAGAUAAAUCAUCAUUGGAACUAUAUUCCAUUCAGAAAAACCUCCUUGGUGCAUGGCAGAUAGGGAUUUCAAAAAAUAUGGAAGAGAAGGAUGCAUUACUGAAUUAUACAGUGAACUGCAUUAUCCAUUUUUUCAGCAUUGUUCAGUUUGUGAAAUGUACUUUGCUAAACCAGGAUGCAUCUUUAUACAAGUCUGUGAAGAAUACUCAAUGGAUGCAUUUUGUCCUGAAAUAUUUUCAGCAGUGUUUGACUGUCUUGUACUGGCAUUCAAGAGCCAGUGUGAUUGGGCAUGUGGCAAAGCUGACAUUAGAAACUUUAAAACUGAUGUUUGUACAGCAACAAGAUCAGUUGUUCUCAAAAAACCUUCUGGCAUGCUUCUGUCUUUUGAAAAUGGUUUCUCACAUCCUAAGCAGAGUAUGUGUACUGCAGUUUGAGAAUUUUUUUGCCUCUCCUGACAGUAAUACUCUUGUGGAACUUGACUCUCUCACAGUGCCUGUUUUCUUAGUUCUUGAUGACAAUACUACUCAGCAGUUUAGCUCACUGGAAUCUCUGCUUAGGGAAUGUCCUCAAGUAAGCCAUGAUGCAAAAACAGAAAAAAGGUUGACUGUACUAUGGCGAUUAUUGUAUAAGAAAGUGAUUUGGUAUCAGGUGCAGCUAAAAAGAAAAGUGAGCAAGAAUGCAGAAGAGGUUUCUGUUGUCUCAUUGCUUUUAAGUCAUAUACAAGCAACCAUCCAGUCUUCAGGAGUGACAUUAGAACAACAUCUGAAGAUUAAUUCUGUAUCUGGUGAGGAGCAGUUCCUUUUAGGAUCAUACAGAGAAUCUCUGGACAUUUGGAAAAGAUCUCUUUGUGAACUCAAGACAAAUGGAGGAAAAAGGGCAUGUUUUCUUCAGCGUAGAUACUAUCUUGCAAUAUUGUUUUGUCACCUGUAUCAAUAUAACUUGUGUGAAGCUCAGGGACUCUGCGAUCAUCUGGUAAGAGAGAUUCUAAGGCGAUCACAACUCUCCACAAGUCAGAUGGAAGAAUUUUCCGAUAUCAAGUAUUUUCAGCAUGAACUGUGGAUGGUAACCAGCAUUCAUACUGACACUGCCAUGGCUGUGAUUCGGUCCAUGGCACGAUUCAUGGCUGCUUAUUUCACAAAGCAGCUGCUCUAUAUCUUUCCUCCCCACAAUGUUGACAUCCUUCAUCCACUUCACAUCAAACAAGACUUACCUCCUCGUGUCAUUCCACUGCAACACUCUUUGGUGACCAGAGCCGUCAGGGACCAGAAGCUUUCAUCUGUGUGGACAGCUGAAUAUGCUCUUGAUUUGUUCUUUAUUGGUGGACUUGUUCCAGAGGCUGUGUGGUUAGCACAGACACUUGGGGACUGGAAGCUGUCUGUGUCAGUUGGUCUGGCCUACCAGCUGUAUUGUCAGAACUCCGAGGAGCUCUCAAGAAUGAAAAAACCAGAGUGUCACCUGCCAUUGAGCUUAUUACCAAUGCAGACUUUUCAGGAAAAGUUAAAGUCUUUGUUAGGACAGCCAGUAACUUCUGAAACAUCAGGACAUAUUAAAUACAAGAAGUUCACAGAUCCUAUUGAAGAGGAAGAUGCAGAUGUUCUUUACAGUUCAAUACAGGAACUACUGAAAGCAGCUGUUAUGGCAGAUGUUGAUAUUCUCUCAGAGACAUUUCAGCUUUUGAUGGAUUCUGUGAAGGAUCUUUGCAGAAAGUUUAAUGGUUUGGUUCCAGCUGGGCUCUGUCUUCCAGCACCACCAUUGUACUGUCCUCAACCAGCUUCUCUCAGUGAAGAAGACAGCGAUGACAUUCUUUUAAAAACAGAGAAAGAAGUCCGUCAGAAAGUGUCAGGAGUUCUUCAGCGAAUUAUCUUGCUCUUCCGGGCUGCUCAUUGUUCUUGCUCUGCAGCACAGUGGUAUAUUACACAACUGAAGUGGGCAAGAAAAGUUAUGCAGAAAAUUCGAAUGAAAGGUUCUCUUCCUACGCUGAGUCCAUUCCCAGAGACUUUGCUUUGUUACUGCAAUUUCCGCACUGCUCUCUAUGGGUCUACAUCUUCGGAAGCCCAUCAGUUUGAUGACAUUACCUGUAAAAUUUUAGGUUGGUUCAGAGAGUUCUGUGCAUUAUGUUGGAUGUUUCAUGUUCGUGAAAAAUUAUCUGACAACUGUAGGCGGUACCAAACUGCAAGGGAAAAUAUUAACAAUAUCAAGGAUCCGAGUAAGAACGGAUAUGAUGCCUACACAGUUGAGCAUUGUCUGAAUGCAGUGGAGUGGGCUUGUCGAAUGCUUCCUUUCUGCAGAUUCAUGAAUGUUGAAGAAUUAGUUCAGGAUGUAAUUUUAAGUCUGCUUGGAGAAUUGCCACCAGUAAAAAAGGUGGCAGAGAUUUUUGUAAAAGCAUUUCCUAAUCCUGAAGAUGUAAGAGUUCCACUAAGGGAUAAAUAUAAUGGACUUCAGCAGCGACUCAGACACAGUACUGUUAAAGAAGAUCCUGUAAGUGAAGAAAUGAUGUCUGUUAUACAAGCUGCUGAAGAAGUGAGGAAGAAGGCCUUGAGACGUGUAGUAAAGAACAUAGGCCCUAUAGAAGUUAAUAUUUGGGAGCCAGUAGAAGAGGCAGCUUCAAAUGAUGAGGAACACUGUUAUGACAGAUUCUCAUUAGGCACUAGUCUAAGCACAAGCACACUUACUGAUGUUGGGAAUCCUCAGGUAUAUAAUGCAGACACAGCAGACAUACUUUCUGAUGCUUUGUUUACUGAAGAAACAAGACCUCAAACACCUUCAUUCCCAAGGGAAAAUGAACUCCAACAACAAAGGGAAGUAGGUAACAAAAAUACCGCGCGCAAGAUAAAAGCCCCUAACUGUAAAACAAAACAUAAAGACAAAAUGUGUAGGAGAGACAGGCUUAAUCAACAUAAUUUGCCUGUAGUUGGUGCUUGGGAGUUUGAACGUGAUGAUGAUGAGUAUGUUAGAUUUUUAGAACUCUUUUUGAGUUAUGUCCUUGAGAGAGACCUGAUAAAGUACAGCAACCUUGGAAUUCCAUUUCUCACUAGCUUUUCUGGGCUGCUUCGGGAGCAAGAGUUGAACUCUCUCUUUUUCGAUGUUCACACAACACUAAAACGUCGACAAAACAAAACUAGAAGUCAAAGUGUGUUUAGAGCAGGGUCUUGCUAUACUGUCACCCUGGCAUCCUGUGAUCCUGGAGAAGUAUCUGCGUAUAAUGAAAACAAAAAUAUAUUGGAAAAACCAACAAUUGUACAGACUGUUGGGCAGACCAGAGAACCUUCUGUGUGUAACCUAAAAAAAGGACUUAAAGAAGGCUUAUUUGGUUUAAAAUACAAAUUGAUAUACAGAGCUCAGACUGACAAUCAAGGAGUCAGUGUUGCACAAGCAAGCCAGACCUUUCGUAACCAUACUUCCUCUACCCUGCAAACUCAGGCAAUUCCUAAAUACGUUUACAAAACUCUUGAUGUAGUUGGUAUUGUACCAGCAGAAGAACUGCCUAUAGAUUUGAUGGGCAAAUUGAGCAAUAUUUCAAAAUUGCUGGAGUGGAUGAUCAGAUGGUCCGAUAGAAGACUGCUCCAUGGAUCCAAUAAACAAGAUUCCUUAGAAGAGACUCUCCCAAUGAUACAUCUGAAAACAUCAUCAGUAGCUGUCCUUACAUCUUUUUGGUUGUUAGAACAGUUAUAUGGAGACAGAUCUCAAACAAGGAACAUAAAAUGUAAGCAUCCAGAGGACCAGUAUCUGAAAGAAAUUGCAUCUCUAUCAGAAGCCCAGUCUAGAACAGAGGAAGAAAGUAGUAUGGAUGAAGGCUCUUCCACAGUGGCCAAUUCUCCUCUUGAUGUCCAGAUUGUACAAAUCUAUGAUAAUCUUUGUGAAAGUGAUUUGAGAAUGUCUACAAAGUCAAAAUAUUUUUAUAAGAAGAAAAAUAAUCAGGGAAAUAAUUCUGUGCCUCAUAUAACUGAAGACCUGAAUGAAGUGGAAUCAUUUGUUCAGCAGGAGUUGGAUGUAACAUCAGAACAAGAAUUCUUUGAGGAGCCAUAUGAAACUUCAAAGAGCUCCAACAUCUCUGGCAAGAUCAGACCUGUAGAACAUCAAAGAGAACAGGGUGCAAUCCCAUGGGACUCUACCAAGCAGAUGCCUGAAGAAGAUGAAGUCUGUUCUCCUGAAGUGAAGAUUGCCAUUUCAGCUGUAGAUAGUGCUCAAGAAGAUCCAAAUGUGGAGGAAACAAAGGAAGAAAAGGCUAAACAGAAUAUUAGGACUGAGGUUGUUACUAGCACCCUUUCCCACUCAUUUUCUUUAAAACAAGAUGCAGAAGUUCCUAGUAGUGCAGACACUGUAAGUGAUUUUCAGCCUUCUGAGACUGCUGUGUCGACUGUGUCAAGUCUUGCCUCCCAUACUUCUGUUUUUGCAAAGAAGCAAGAAGUCAAGGAAGAAGUCCCUAGAGAAGAGAAAGCAAGCACAUCAGAAACUGUCAGGCAGAUGCUGCAAGAUGAAAUGUUUAAAUUAGUUCAGCUCCAGCAGAUCAACUUCAUGAGUUUAAUGCAAUUAGUGCAGUCAUCCUUUACCAAUGUGCCAAAUGUGCAACAAGUAUUACAGCAGCAUCGGUUGGUUCAGCUGGCAGGGAGCCAGCCUGCACACACUGCUGAAAGCAAUGCUUCUCUGAAAACACAAGUGCCCACUCAAGAAGGAAAGGGAAAAACUGGUCAAGAGAGCUCUGUUUUUCAGCCAAGGAAGAGUGCAGAAGAUGAAAGCAACAAUAGUCAAAUAAAAAAUUAUCUGGAUAAGAGUGCCUCUUUGACAUUAUUUGAAAGCAACAGCAAGGAAACAGGAUUAAUGUCACCAUCCCACGAUUUGCAUUCUUCAGUGCCUACUAAACCACUUCAUCUCCUAGCUCCUUCCUCAGGCAUCCAAAAAAAAGUGAAGCUUAUCCCUGUUGAAAAAAAUAUUAGUUACUCAAAUGGAUUUCCUUUGCUUAAGCUGGAAUCAAGUUGUCAUAUCAAACCAGCAUUUUUACAUCCAACAGAAAUGUCAUCAGCAUUUUCCAGGCCACCCUCAGUACCUCGAGUAGCUUGGAGUUCAUCAGAUUCCUUAUGGGACCAUCAGUCAUCAUAUGCACCAAGAAAGAGUAAGGCAGAGGAAGAUUUCCACCAAAGUAGAUACAACCCUGAGAUUUCAAGACAAAAGCAUGAGGAAAAGGAGAGAUGGGCAGACACAGUGCGUGAGGGUCCUCCCAAAUAUCUGAAUUCAGAUCAGUAUGAAGGACAGCAAGAAGAUUCACCUCAGCCACAGUUCCCUGAAAAUGUGAAUAUGUUCAAAGCACCAAGCACUCAGAACCUGGCUGCUAUUCCCCUGUUGCACUUGCAACUUGACCCAGUACCUAGAGUUCCACCAGCUGUAAGGCAGCCAAUCACUACUACUUUAAUACCUGUUAAAACUGCUGCAAAGGACGCUGACUCCAGAGAAACACAGUGGGAUGCAGGAAUGUCCCUACUUCAGAUUAAUUUACCUCAGAAGAAGAAGGCACCAAAUCUCAUCCCACUUCGAGAUCUCAUUGCAUUUGAGCAACGCCACAAGCAUCAUUCUGUGCCCAGUAGUUCCUUUGGACAAGACGAAACCAAACCUAUCCAGCUACUAAGAACUGAUGUUGAACCAUUUGAACUUAGAGAUGUGCAGAACAAAAGAAAAAGUAAAAAGAGGCGUAGUAAGAAGCAACUGAAAGAGAAGGAGGAAAAGAAGAAACCAAGCGUGUCCUUCCGUCCAGAUGACUCCAUCAUCAAUAUUAGUGACACAGCAGUGCCUUCUGAAUCAGAGACUGGGGCUCACCAACCAAAAUUGACAUCUUACGUUCAAGAUGGUUUUCUCAUGUCAAUGGAUGCAAUGAAUAAAGCAACUAUUACUUCAGCAGAUCUACACUAUUUGGCUUCUGUAGGAAAAAAAACAGCAGAAACUCAAGAUGCAAGUACAAAUACUAACCCAGAGCUCAAAUCACAUCAGGAUCAUGAGAUCAGUGGUGGAAAUGAGGUUUCCAAAGUUCAAGAAAACGAGCUGGUCAUGUCUGUUCCUGUGUCAGAAUCAUCCAGUUCCUCUGAAAUACUACUGCCAGACAUGUAUUUAAACCUGAGUUUCCCCACUGAAGUGAAUGAGAAACCUUUGCCAUCCCUUCUGUCAGAUGCACCUGAUUUGCAUAAACGGGAAUAUAUCAGUGUGAUUGACAUUGAAGACAGUGACAUCCUUAGCAAUUUGCCCAUAAAACCUGAGCCUGCAGAAGAGAUAGCUGCUGAACAGCAGAAUGAGAAGCUUGAAAUUCCAUCUACUGCAAAACUUCAUCGCACAGCAGCUUCUGUUACUAAUGCAGUUCCACCUGCAGCACUUCAGAAGCAAGAUGAUCAGCAGGAGAAUGUGUCAAACAAAUUGCAAAAGGAAGAUAAGUCAGAUUCUGCUACAGAUAUUGUAACUUCGAACACAGCACAUGAAGAUGGGGGAACUCUUCCUUCUUCAGGGCUUCCACUCAAACUAAUUGAAACAGAAUACUUUUCCACAAAGCAGAAGGAAAUGGACAUGCAGUUACGGGUACUAGAGAACAUAGUGGAAAAUAUGGAGCAGGAUUUCAGAAAUAGCAAAAUGUUAGUGAAGCUGAUAGAAGAUUUUGAAAUGGCUGCUGAUUCAGACCUUGGUGCUCAUCCUGCAGUCUCUGAAGCUGCUGGAGUCAUUGGUGCUGCAUCAGAAGAUCACUUGAUGGGCAUGAUUUUUGAAGAUGUUAUAGAUGAUCAAAAGGGGAGCUUAAACUUGAAAUAUCCUAUGCCCAGUUCUACUGCAGUGGAUGCACACUCUUCUGCCUCUUCAGCCUUGGCUUCUAAGUUUCCCAGUGGCCUGAAGUCACCUUCUGGCUCUCAUAUAUGCAGAGAUCUAUGUCCUGGCUCUUUAGAAGAUCUCCUGCAAGUUACUGGUCCAAGUGAUGUUACUGAUGUGGUGAAUGAUCGUGUGCUAGAAAGUGACACCUCUCUGCUGGAGCUGGGCUUUGCAAGAACACAGGCUAAAAAAACCUUUAGGGUCCUUGAUUCUGGUUCUGGGCAUUCUCAAAGAACAGAAAAGGAAAGGAAAGAGAUCCAAACAUGGAUGAAAAGAAAGCAAAAGGAAAGAAUGAAAGAAUAUUUGAAGAAACUAGAUGAACAAAGACAGAAAGAACAUCAUCCAUUCAACCUGAGAAAGAAUGUGCAUCAUAAUCCUACUUCAAAGGAUAUUAGAAUCUUCCAGAAAAAGAAAGAAGAAAAAGACAAAGCCCUGCUGUCUGAGCAUCACAGAAUCAGAGUAUCAGAGGCACUUUCUCUGAUGAAUGAAAUGUUAUCUGAAACAGUGGCAUCACCAGCAAGCAAUCACAGGACCUUGUCCAGCACAAGAUCAGCUCAAGCUUACAGAAGGAGGAAGAUGGCAUCUAGUACAGGAGGGCAUCUGAACAGUCCUGUUCUGGCGGAAGGGAGCAGAGCUGCUGCCAAACCUGGCUUUGGUCAAAAUGUUCAACGUUUCACCCCAGCUCUUGGUUUAACACAGUCCAGGGAAAAUGCCUGUAUGCUCCUUCAGAAAAAUAUCUCCAGAAGAAGACUGAGAAAUGUUAUAAAUGGUCCUGUUAAGUCCAGGCACUCUGCUGAGUGCAGAGUCAGCAGAAGCUCAACACAAAAGCCUCCUCGAGUUGCCACUGCAGUUCAGACGGAGAGUGUUGAUCCUGACGCUGAUCGAGACGUGGUGAGUCCUUGGACUGUGCCUGAGGAUAUCCAAAGAAUACUUCAAGAUACUCCUGACUCCAUGUUCCAGGCCUCUGCAGUGCACAGCAUGAGCUUCUCUCCUCUGGGCAGCAUCAGCACUGACAGUGCUUCUGAAAGCACAGGCAGCAUCCUCAGCAAGCUGGACUGGAAUGCAGUUGAGGCUAUGAUAGCAGAUGUGGAAGACAAGUGAAUAGUUCAGAGCCACUGUGCUCUUCCAAAUAGUUGCUGGUCUUUGGGUUUUGUUUUUUAAAGUUAGCAAGUGUUCUACUUAAAAUGGAUUGAGGCCUGCAUUGGUUUCCUUCUUAAGCAGCAUGGAAACUCUCACUGUUUCCAGCCUUGCCUAGAUGAAGCUGAAUUCCUUAAAAUGUAGUUUUCCUUCCAUAUGUCUUCAGCUCAAGAAAAACUAAAUAUAGUUGGUAAAGUCAGACCCACGGUCUUAAACUGAUCUGGGUCAGCUGCUUUAUAUAGGAACAUACAUAAAACACACACAAAAUGUUCCUUUAUUUUAAGAGCAGUGUACAACUGUUUUGUAUUUAAUAUUUAACAUACUAUGAAGUUAUUUUUAUAACAUAAGGGUUGUGAUAAACUGGUUGAAUAAAAGUGAUUCUAUUUGUUUCUGCUACAGAUGAUUUACACAUUUAGCACUAUUAAUUACUGCUGUGUACCACUAGGACCAUAUGUGUAAAUGUGCACUACCAUCACAUUUUAAACCCAGCCUACUUGUGCAGUAGUUUUAAGAAAUCUUAGAAGAGUUUGAGUAAUUGACAGAAAGAGGUACAAAUAGUCAGAAAUCAAAAGGAAAAAUAGACUUUUGUUAGGAAACAAUGUGAGACACGAAGGGCAAGUACUUACUGGGAUAAAAACAGUAUCACUGUUCCUCCAUCUGCAGGAUACUGCUGUUUAGAGCUCCUCCAGCAACCCCCAGGGGUUUGUAGAAAAAUUUCCCCUGUGCUUAGUGACCAUCAAGCAGUUGUGAUGUCUUUUUCAUCACCACAGAUGCAGCUGGGUGACUUUUUCCCAACAGCUGUAGUUUUUAUUUUGUAGUGAAGAAAUACAAAUUUUGCACGGAAGUCAAAAGUGUAUUGAUUUCCAGUGGUUAAUUACUGUCACCCCAAACUGUAAUAGUUAAAAACUCUAAAAAUUUCAUGUUUCCAAGUGAAGGUGCAUCUUGGCAAGCAUCAAAAAAUAAAGUUCAGAGGGAGACUAUUACAGGAUUACACACAUGCCAGAAUAGAACUGAAAGUUCCUGUAGGCUCAGAGGUCCAGACUGGCCAUGUUUUUUUUUUAGCAAUCCUCAGGAUCUUCAUCAGCUUUUCUCACAGAGUUGACCAGAGUGCAAAACUCAGGAUUGGGUUUGAUCAUCUCCAAGUGAAAGGGGCCAGUGCCUUUGAAGAGCCAAUUGAAGCAUGAAACUGUGACUUUAUCCAAAGUGUAAUGCUGUGUUUCUUCAGAGUGGCAGCAAACAAAUCAUCAGGAAGCACUUUCUGUUCCUGGUGGAAAAAUACUGGUUUUGCCAAGUGUGGAAAUCUCAUUAUGCCCACAGCCAUCUGUGAGAAAGAAGAGAAAGCAAUCAGUCCAUUUCAUUUUAACAGUGGUAAAGGAAAUGCAUUCUUGAUGUGGCUCCAGAUCCCCAGCAUCACAAAUCAGUAACACAAGGGCAGGGAGGCUUCAGAGACCUCCCAGUCAGGAUGUCAGCACUGAGCUCACACCCUGGGCAGGCAGAGCUGCCCCUGCACAGCCACAGCAGUGAGAAAAAGCACUUGGGACAUGUGAGAAGAUCAUCAAGAGUGACCUCUUAAUCUGCUGCUUCCAUGGACUAGAAUUUUUUUGCACUUUCUCUUCUAUGAUACCCCUUUUAGGGCUGAAGAGAAGGAAACAGUUUAGAAGGUCAGAUAGUCAUUUGAAAUUAAAGAAAUCUUGAAAUAGACAUUAAAAAACCCUUGAGGACGUCUGCUGUCAUAGAAGUAAUGAGGAUCAAACGAAUAAAAAUCUGUUCAGUCAUUGCAACCUUUUAUAAACAAAUUUUCUCUAAUAUCCAAGUAAAGGUAGUCUACAUACAACUGUAUAUGUAUUUAUUGAUCCAAACUGGUUUACAGUUUAAUUGCUUCGUUUUU